CAAGGCCAACAUAAAUUUAAAGUCUCAACUAUUACACAAACGAAAGGAGAUUAAUUAAUAAUUAUUAUGUGAAUUUUAUUAAAAUAGCAUUAAAUGAAAAUAGCAUCAAACUCCACCGGCUAAAAUGUGAGGAAUCUUACUUCUUUUAACCUCUAUUUAACAAAUGACAAAUUUUAACAUCAUAAUUCCGGACUUCCCAAUAACCAUCCACAUGUCUCCAACAUACAUUACACUUUUAGAUACCUCCUAAAACCAUCAAUCACAAACAACAAACAACUAAUAAUAAUAAUAAUAAUCUCAUAACACCUUGUUUUCAAUAAUCAAAAAAUCAUUUCUUUUUCAACUGUUGAAAAGGAGAACCAGUUCUAUUAUCAUAAGCACUUUCACAAAAACAGAAAUGGAUUCAACACAAAAAAACUCACUAGUUUCACACUUUAGCCAUCCACAUCUCUUGCAACACACAACCACACCCUCAACAAAAAACAUAACCUGCUUUGGUUGCAACCAAACAAUCACACAUGAACAACAUUACUACGUCUGCAAAACAUGUCCAUUCUCUCUCCACAAUAUCUGUUACAAAACACCCUUAAUCACAAACCACCCUUCACAUCCAAGUCACGAUCUCUUCCUCCUCGUCAUACCUUCGUCUUCAUCGCCUGCUACGAAAUCCACCUUCAACUGCAUGGCAUGCAAGCAACACGCCACUGGUUUCUGCUACCAUUGUGCCGAAUGCAACAUUUUCUUUCAUUCUAUAUGUAUCACACUUCCUCUCUCGCUUUCGAUCGCGCAACAUCCACACAAAAUGAAGCUUGAGUUUUCUCCGCCUUAUGAUUUCUUUUGUGAUCUGUGUGACAAGCCUAGUUACAAAGGGUGGCUCUAUAGGUGCAACAUGUGUGAAUUUGAUAUACAUGUAGAUUGUGCAGACAAGAAUAUUGGUGGUGCAGUUAGAAUUGAUAGUGCGGUUUCUGGAUGGAAUAAGAAAUUGUUUAGUCCAUUGAAAAAACAUAGCACAAUCAAUGGGAAAAAAACUAUGAUGGAACUUGGACUACAAGAAACCGAACUAAUUACAAGUACUCAUUCUGUUUCUUUGGAAAUUUUGGAUGGAAUAACUCCACUUCGCGAUAAAAUGACUCCUCUUUCUGAUGAUACAAGUCCACUAACAUCAAGUAACCAAUUUAGUGACUCGUAUUUUUCAAUAGAUUUGAAUAAGUCUUAUUCGACAAAUCAUGAUCGUAGAGGUCAGGUACGAAAAGAAGUUAAUAAUGAUUAUAUUAGUCAAAGUGCCGUAUCAAGCAAUUCAGGGCAAGGCGAUGAAGAUACAAUCGGUGUAGUUGAUUAUUGGCUAAAAAAUCAUUCGCACAAAGAUAAGGUGAAUAAUGCAGCACUUUUCAAAGGAGGUAGUGGUUCUGAAGAUUCAAGUCAAAAAGUGUUGAUGAAAAAUCCUAAAGAAAGAUUUGCUAAAUGGUCUGCUAAAGAUCAAACUACAAGCAAAGCCGAGGCAGAAAAUAACAGCCAUUCAGGUUGGAGGAAGUUGCUAUCUUGUUGCCUUUAGCAAUAGCGCAGAUAUAUAUAUGCAAGGCACACAGUAUAUGAGAGUUGUUAACAAAUUGGUUAGUAAAUUUCCCUAGAAUUGAAAGAUAUAUAUUCAUGAUUGAUAUCAAGUUUGUUUCUGCAAAGUACUUUUGUACAUGUAAAUUCUAGUCCUAUAUACUAUAUUGCAACAAAUAAAAAAGAGAGAACCUUCUUAAUUUGUCAAUAUUAUUUUGAAAACUAUUUAGUGACUUUUUAAAUGUAUUAAGUUAAAUUGCCCACUGCCAUAGCAGUUACAGAACAUAUAGAAGUACUAUGUAGCUACUUUAGGAUCAUCGAGAUAAUCACCGAAUCCGAAUAAUGAGAGCUCCUACAGUCAUAAUUUGAAACUUUUUUUCCCUGUUGUUACUUGAUCAAACUUUUUCAAAUAGUCGCGUAGAUUCUCAAUAAGCCCACCAAGUUAAGUCGAUGUGAAGAAGUUAACGCAAAAGCGUGUGUAUCUUUGGGAAAUAUUGAUUCAUAAGAGUCAUGUAUUGUUGGAUCGUUUAACUGCUCAUUCAGCACCAGAAUGCUAAGGUGCUAUCAUAAUUCCUGAAAUAGAGUCAUAAAAAAUAUACGUUGUGCCACAUUUCGGAUUUUUCAAUGUUGUUAAUCUGUUAUAGUUAGUUAGUUUUAGCAUUAUGCACUUCUUUUAGUUAGUUACACUUCUGUUAGUAAGUGUGACUGUGACUGUGACAGUUGAAAUUGAAACCUUGUUGUAUAUAUUUGGGCUCAAUGUCUAUUAUCAA